AUGGCUGCCCAGAUUGAUUACAUCCUUUAUGACUCGUCCCUGGGUUACUCGGUGUUCCAGGUGACGCACCAGAUUGACGGCGUCGCUCUCCAGAGCGCCCAGUUCCAGGAGGCCGCUGCCUCGCUCGACAAGUUCGGCAAGCUCGUUAAGCCCGUCGGCUUCUCUCCCUUCCGAGGAUAUGCCGAUGCCUUCGACAAUGCCAACAAGAUCGCUGAGGGUGUCCUCUCCGAGGCUCUCGAGUCCUGUAUCGCAGCUACGCUCCCCGAGACGAGCGGAAAGAAGGCCAAGGUUACCCUCGGCGUCUACGACUCGGCUACCGCCCGUGUGUUGAAGGAGCGAUUCCCCGGCUAUCAGUAUGAAAGCCGUGAAACUUCCCAGGCCGUCGACACCCUCCUCCGCGGUAUCCGUCUCUACUGCGAUAAGAUGGUGUCGGAGCUCAAGUCCGAGGAUAUCAACACCGCCUGCCGUGCCCUCGCCCACGCCUAUUCCCGAGGCCAGGUCAAGUUCAACACCAGCCGUGAUGACGUUCACAUCAUCCAGAGGAGUGCCGCCCUUGAGGCUAUCGACAAGGGUCUUAACCAAUGGACCAUGAGGCUUCGUGAGUGGUAUGGCUCGCAUUUCCCCGAGCUCGUCACCAUUGUCUCCGACAACCAGACGUAUGCCAAGGUUGCCCAGGCUAUCGGCGACAAGUCUACCCUCAACCAGGACCGCCUCCAUGAGAUUGCCGCCCUCCUCAAUGAUGACGAAGAGAAGGCCCAGGCCAUCAUCAAUGCCGCCGCUACCUCCAUGGGUCCCGAGUACACCGAAUAUGACAUGCAACAGAUCAUGGACCUAGCCACCCUUACCGUCGAUACUUUCUCUCGCCGCUCAACCACCGCUAGCCAACUUGACACCAAACUCGGCCUCGUCGCUCCUAACCUUCGUGAGCUCCUCGGUGCUCCCGUCUCUGCCCGUCUCAUCUCCCAGGCUGGCUCCCUUGUGACCCUUGCCAAGUACCCCGCUUCCACUCUUCAGAUUCUCGGUGCCGAGAAGGCUCUUUUCCGUGCUCUCAAGACCAAGGGAAACACUCCCAAGUACGGUAUUCUCUACCACAGCAGCGCUAUCGGCAAGGCUGGCGUCAAGAACAAGGGAAGGAUCUCGCGUUAUCUUGCCAACAAGUGCAGUAUCGCCUCCCGAAUCGAUGCCUUCUCUGGCACUCCCACCAACCUCUUUGGUCAGGCUAUGAAGCAGCAGGUUGAGGACCGCCUCGAGUUCUACGCUACCGGAAAGAAGACGUCCAAGAACGCCGACGUCAUGGCCUCUACUUUGGAGGCCAUCCAGGCUAUCCUCGGCGAGGCUCCUGAUGGCAUGGACAUCGACGAACCCGAACAGAAGGAGGACAAGGAUAAGGCGGCCAGGAAAGCUGAGAAGGCUGCCAAGAAGGCCGAAAAGGCGGCGAAGAAGGCUGCCAAGGAUGCUAAGCUAAAGAGGGCCGCAGAAGACGAGGUGGCCGAUUCCCCGGCCGGAAAGAAGAAGAAGAAGAGCAAGAAGGUUGAUGCGUAG